AUGUUUCAACAACCUGGCUAUAUUGAGUAUGUGUCAUGGAGACUGUCAGAGGUUUUUGCUGAUAUUGGAGUGGAUGAGAGAAUUGUGCUGAAGAGAAGAAGGACAUGGCUACUGAUGGCAUCUAUGGCUACAUUAUCAUCACAACUGAAGGAUGAGAAUGGUUCUGUAUAUUUCUUAGGCAGUCAGUGUGAGGGAACAACUACGCCGGGACUAAAAUCAGACAUUGAUCAGCUCCUCUUUUAUAAUGACUUUAAUCUGAUACAAAAUUGGGCCGACUGGGAACCUGGUGUAUGCAAUUACUUGAUGAUCCAGGAUGAGACUGUAUCACCUGGCUAUUGUCUACUACAGCGUCUGAGAAAUGAUGCUCCUCUUCCUGGUAAUGAUGUACCUGAUCAAUAUCAUUUCAGAGACAGAACAGGUAGAAUAUUGCUAAAUAACAUACUCAUGUCAGCAGUAGCAGCUGAUGCUUAUGAGGGAGGAGUAAGGCAUGGUCCAGCAUAUACAAAACAAGGACGACCUGGAUUACUUGAUACAGACAUUGUAUUUGCUUUCCCCUGUAAAUCAUGGCCUCUACCAGCUAGGCAAUGGUUAGACCAGCAAGGUGCAGGUCAGUGGCCUUCAGCCGACAUGAGGAAAUAUUGUAGCAGUAAUGGAUGUUUUGUUGUUGGUGUUGGAUGUAAGGGCAGUGAAAACGAAGAGCUUGAAUGGAGAAUAUCAACAUCUCUAGCAGAAAGGUGUUUAAUGUAUAAUCUCAAUAUUACACAGAUUCAAUGUUAUGUCUUGAUGAAGAUGAUAUUAAAAACCUUCAUUAAACCGCAUUUUGAAGACGUCAUUUCAAGUUUUAUGUGUAAAACAGUUCUGUUUCACUGUAUUGCAAAUACAUAUUCUCAUGUCUGGAGAGAAAAUAACUUACUUGUUUGUCUAUCUUUGUGUUUAUCUGUCCUGUACAACAACAUUUUGCAUGAAAACUGUCCUCAUUUUAUCAUACCUGGAAACAAUUUGAUGAGAGGACAUAUUCCUCAUGAAUCUAAACCUUACAUUCUUGAAAUACUGCAGUAUAUUAUAAAGAGUGAAGGGAGAGCAAUAUUGGAGAUUGAGUGUGAUUGUCUUUUUGACAGGCUUCAUCUGAAAUUGAGUGAUUUUCUUUCAUUCAAAAUAAAUGACAUCAUUUCUGGACACUUAUUACUUACAACAGCGUUAGAAGUUGAUAAGAACUUAUUGGAAUAUCUACUUUUAACAAGAAACAGAAGCUACAAAGAAGCUAUACAACAAUUGUUGAGGGGUAUUAUCAAACUAGUCAUUAUUUCGAAUCAAUGCCAAGGAUUGGACAAAACAGCUUGCAGCCUUCUGGCUCCAUGGUUCUGUACAACCCUGGGAUCUGUCCUGGCAUCCCUGAGUAUACAUCAAUGCAAUGCCAUAUCAGCAGACGCUCUCACCUUGAUCUCACUUGGUCUGAACACAGAUGUUUCAUCUUGUAAACUAAAGCUAGCAUCCAUGUUAUACUGUAUAGGGGAUACUCAAAGAACAGAAGUUGUUCUCAGAGAUAUUGAAGCAAACUAUGAUCCAAACAUUGUUGAGCCUGUUUGUAGGUGUCAUGAUUACAUCGAACAAGCUCGAAAAAGACGAUUUUGCGCCAAAUGUGACAAUCAUAAUGAAGAGGCUAUUAAGUACACUACAGCAUUCUGUGUCAAAUUUCUGCCAUGUGAAAUUAACUGUGUUCCAUAUGAACUAAGACAGGAAAUGUAUAGAUCUACACAAGAGGACCUAGCUUUCAGAGGCCGACAUGAUGACUGGAUGGACUUGGCUGUGGUAGAUUCUCUACCUUACUUCUACUUCCUACAAUACAAGACCUACAACAAUCUAAGGAGACACGAAGAUAAGCAAAGAGCUCUUUCUAACCUUGUGAGGACCAUUGACCAGGAACCAAACAUUGGACACAGGGAAACAGCAUUGAACCUAUUGGGACAGUGUAUGGAACAAGAGGACCGAACUGUUGUUGCUUUACGUUGUUAUUCAUUAUCCCUAAGCGUAAGGGAGAGAAACAAUGCUGCCAAGAUACAUAUUUGUAGACUUUUUUCAAAUAUCAUAAGUAACCAGUAA